UGAUGCGUGAAGUUGGUCAACGUGAGGAAUGCCGUAGUUGUUUAAGCUGGAUUUUUGUCAAGAUCAAAGUCAGAGGUCGGGAUAUCUAGCAGUCGUUGUUACUUAAAAAUGGGGGUCGUGUCUACGCGCCGGAGAGCAGAAGAGCUACGAGUAAAUAGGUGGGUGGCAGCUGAAUUAGACCUGCCUUGGCUGGGAUAUCAGCACGGUGAAGAUGAUGAUGAACAAGAACAAGAGCCAUCAUCAUUAUGGUCAUUAGAUGCCGCUCUUUUUUGUCGCUUAUUAGGUGCACCUCAUGGUCACCCAGAAGAACAGGAAGCAGAAAGCAACCCGCUUGAAAAUGUAACGACACAGGACUGCGAAGCGACCUCCAGGAAAAAAUGUAAUCACCAAGUACUGAUGCAACACUCGCUCUGUUUCGCAAGAGCAGCAAAUGCGUUGUCCCUUGGUCGCGUGUGUGCGACUGAUUUGCUGCAAGCGACUAGUGACGAAGCUGGGGAGAUGAAGCUAAAGAUCUUUGACAAAGACGACAAGAAGAAAAAGGACAGUCAUGUGCAGUCCGAGUCUGCAACCAACGUGCCUUCAUCGCAUUCUCCGAAGCAACGGCGUAGCCAGUCAGGCCAAUCGGUAGACCUAGAUGCUAUUCCCGUGAGAUGCUCAACCCCAGAAAAAGAGAACUAUAAUGGUGCACGCCUCACGGUUCCGUCGGUGCGUUUUUCGGAAGCCGUCGAAAAGAGUUUGAGUCUCAAGAGUAAAUUCGCAUUCACUAUGCGUUGUGCUGCAAACGCUCAAGCAGCCUCUACUUGUACCACGCGGGCCUGUUCGAUAGAGCCUGGUGCUGGUGCGUCCUCUGGAGCUGCAAGGGGGAAAGCCGAUGAGGACGGCGAAGAUGAAGCUUCAGGAUCAGGACAAGUGCCGUGGUAUGUCAAAUACUGUACGGAAGACGACGAGAAGAAAGAACUAGUUCAAGAAAAUGGUUGUACGAAGAGCAAAGCGCAGCAUCAACUUCCUGAUGCUCUUGGGGACAUAAUGCAAAGCCCUCAGGCCCUAGCGCGCUGGCGAAUCUUAGCGUUUCUGAGGAAUUUGAUGAAGCUUGGCGAAGACGCAAAUGGAGCUGCGGGUGAAUAUGAAACUUCUGUGAUAGGUGGAAACUUGGUAUCGAGUAAGAUGCAAUCUGCGGUCGCAAAUGCAGUUCCUGGUGUCAGUGGGUCAGGGGCAGGACAAGCUAGAUAUCAAGGAUGGUGGGUGAGUGAGGAGAACGGCCAUGAUGAGAACGAGCUGAAAGACCUUCAAACAGAAGAUAUCUCCGGCGACUUCGCUGACUCCCCUUCACCGCGACAAAAUCAAACUCAAAGAACCACACGAACGGCAAAUUACAAUAGCAGGCGAGAGACCGACUUCGAAGGCCUAUGUUUAUGCUCCCCGUCCGAACGUGGCCGACAGACAACGCAGGAACCUGGAAGACAGACUAUGCAAUUGCAGUCCACCGCCGAAAGUCGCAACUUGGGUAGCUUCUCCGCGGAGAGUGCUUCCUCAGGCGUUUCCCCGCCGCCGAAUAUCAGGCUCGUGUCACUUUCUGGAGCAAAGUCAACCAUCGUCGGACAGAAGCGUGGUGUCAACUCUCACUGCACGACCAGUACCCUGCACAUGCUGAGGUCAGGACCUCGGGGAACUAGUGCUUUUUCGUCUAUUUUGGCUGACCCUCGGAAGUCUCAGUCGGCCAUGACAGCUUUCAGUAGAAUCGCAGCAAGCACGAAAUAUGCUGGUGGUGCCUAUGGGCCAAAUUUAGGCCCUGGCUCGCGAAAGUUCACCACGCGGUUGCAACAGUUGCAUCAGAUAAAGCAAGGCCUUAGUGUGAUUGGCGAACGGGCUGAGGAAAGCGAGAAAAUUGAGAAAACGACAAGUAGUGGCUCUUUAAGACCCACGAACUCGAACAUGAAGAAACACGCGGGAGAGUUGUAUAAGCGUGCUGGGGGACAACUUCGAGCAAACGCAAAGGCUGUGCGAUUCACUACAAUUGCAGAAAGUAUCGAAGCAUGUCCUCCAGCAAAUGCAUCCUGUGCGGCCCUGCAUAGCGAGGGAACACAGUUUUCAUCCGGCGGACCAAGCGCACUACCACAGUUCUCGGAACGACUGGCACGGGCAGAUCAACGGGCGCAAAAGCUGUUUGUGUGGAUGAACGAGAUAUUGGUGCCCAAGGAAAACUACCACGAAAAAGUUGCUGAGCAGCUUCUCAUGGGCUUGGAAGUUGGGAGAAACAGCUUUACCAAUGACGAAAGGCUGCAAGCUGAAAUUGCGGAUCACUACAAUUCAAAGACGAAAACGAAUGCUGGAGGAUCUAGAAAAAAUGAAGGCUCGAGCGUGGCGGGCAGCACCGACGCAAAAACACACCAGGUUCGACUCUGCCAAGGAGCUGGAUUGACGUCAGGAAUCUCUGAAGACGAUCCUGAGAAUCUCAGGGAAGACCGACUCAGAGCCGCGUUCUGCGAACAUUUUGCCCAUUAUCAGCGUAGAGUCGGUAGCUUGACAGAUUUGCAGGAUGGUGUCCUUCUAUGUGAUUUGGUUGUUAAGCUGCUCUUUUUCUGCAGCAAGAGGCCCAGAUGGACUACGCAACGGCUGCGUGAGGAUUUUGCCAAUGUUGAGCGUCAAAACAUUGACGAAGGAUCUUCUUGUAGCAAUAUUCUUUCGCACACACAACGGCUACGAAACAUGCAUAUGUUCAUUCGCAUGCUUCGCGACUACUGCGGAUUUCCAUCGUCUGCGCUCUUCACGUUGGCCGAUUUCCCCGGCGAGAGCACGUUGGAAAACGCGAGCCUGGAAAAGCUGAUGACUUGCUUAAACGCGCUGCGUCAUCGCGUCGAGCGAAACUCGCUAUUGGACAGUUCACGCAGCACCCUUGUGGCGAAGGGCGACCGCGUUCGGAGCCUCCACCUGAAUUCGCAGUUCAUGUUCACACCAGCAGGAGCAAAGGUUAAGGCUGCGCGAGUGGGCUAUUAAGUAGAUACCUGGCUAUAUUAACAGCCACAGGUAAAGAUAAUUGAUAGAAGUAGUACACUGUGGAAGUUGUCUCAAUCAGAAUUGUAGUUCUUGCGCGAAAAUAGUGUAGUGCGCAGAAGAUUUGGCGAGCUCUAAAUGCGUGAAGAUCCCAGUGCGGUGUGGUGGUAUCGAAGCGUGGCGCGAGCCAGAUGAGGAACAGGAAGGAGAUCAUGAUGCCUCUGAGGAAGAUCGAGUGGCUUCAUCACGGCUGUCUCGCUCUUGGGCUCCUCAGAUUUCUGCACGUGGCGAGCACAGGUCUUCUUACGUCGAUGAUCAACAUUCUUCUAAACACAAGGCAAGUAGACAAUAUUCCUCACCCACUCCUCCCGAUCUGCGGGGUCUUGCGUUACUGAUCCGCGGUGACCGCGCAAAUAAGUCGUGGUAUUCGUCCUCGCGCGAGCAAUCAAGAGAGGUUUAUGCCGUGCUGAGUUGCGGUGUGCUGCGGUUGUUCCUUAGAGAGGGAGACUGGGACAGGUGGAAAUCCUCGACGAAGAGCAUUGAAGACUUUGUUGGGAUAAAAAACCCCUCAUACUCAAGCUCAGCAACCAGCAACUUUGAAAAGAAAUUUCGUGAGAAGCACGAAAAAGAUUUGGAGCGUUUCUUGGAACAGAAGUCCACAGUUGCGGACUUUUGCGCGGGUGCUCGUGAGCCUGAUCAUGGAAGUGCGUUGGGCGCAGGAGCAGAUUCGGAUGAAGUGCAACAAGGAGGAGAUAGUGCAGUGGCAGCUUCUACAGACAAGAAGUCUUUGCAUACAGGCUCUGCUUUCUGUUCGCAGGAGCUCGAAUUUCCCAUCCUUGAAGAGAUUUUCCUUGACAACACUGUCCAGCUGAGUGUCGCCGAGGAUGAAAACGGGGCACAAGUUCUUACAGUGAAACUUCUUUUUCACGACGGCGAUCUGAUUGCACCUUCAUCGGGGAGUAGCCCGGACCAGGGAAACGAUGGUGGUAACGAAACUCCCAAAGAACCGUCGAGCAAAGUAUCAAGGACAUCCGCAACAGCCUUCGGUGGAAGCUCUUCUUCGUCCAGCAAAUCUUGGGGAUUGUUGAAACGACUUUUCCGUCGACGCGAUUUGAGCUCUACACCUGGUCUGUCAUCUUCAGCAAAGCGAGCUGCUGCCGCGGUUGCUGACAAGGAUCUAGUAGAACACGACGCGGAUCAAGGAGGGACGACGAAGGAAGUGGAUGGUCCUCGAAAAUCAGCACAUCAACAAAGGGAAGACGGAGCUUCCCAAGACUUUCACAUGCUACGAGAACGCCCUCAUACCUUUUUUUCAUCGUUCAACCACGUCCCAACGAUUCGACGAAGUCUUGGAGGCUUUGGCAAGACUGUCAGAGUGUACCAUCGAAAUAAGAACGGAACAGCGCAACGCGCAGUGCACAACCGGUCGUAUGUCGAAAUCGUCAUCAACAUUUCGAAAAUGGCAAUGGGGAUGCAUAACCUCAAUCAACAAAAUGAAAGUUUCGGGAAUGGUACUGGCAAGCGUGGUACUGCUACUGCUGAUCCUGAUGCUUUAUCGGAUGAUCAGAAACGACCUCAUCAGAGUCAGAAAGCUGAAGACCUACAGUUCCCGGAGAAGAAGCGUCUUAUCCUAGCACACAAGGCACACUUUGAGGAUAUAUUCGCAUGUGGAUGUGGCUUUGACAUGUUUGGGGACAACGGGAACGGGUCUGUGCAAGGCAGUUUCGAGGGUCGCCACUCGGCUCCUUCUGGUAGUUCAGUGAUCAAUAGUGGUGGGUUUUCCGGAACGGCUCUUCCUCUUUUGCCACGAGUGGAGCUCACACCGUUUGCUUACACAAUGCCAACAGUGACCGUACCUUUGCUAGAACACAGAAAUCCGCAUGAGGACAGACUUUUUUUGGAUGAUGCAGCAGCAUAUUCCAGCGACGACGGGGACGACUUUGGGAUCGGUCCCGAGCGUCGCGACGCGGUUGACCUCGCGCAACAAGAGUCCUUUUAGCACGACAAGCUCGAUAGAAGCAGGUCAUGCUUUGCUUGAGCACGAAAUGCGUAGCUUUUGCCAAGAUCUGAUUGGUUUUUUGAGUUUCUCUCGCAUAAUGAGACACUGAUUUGUUGCGUCGAUGGAUCACAGCAAAAGGCAUAGCUAGCUUUUGAAAAACUUGUAUCGCACAGCAUAGUCGUC